GGCGACACGUGUGAGUGGGUGCUGAGCAUGUUUGGGAUCACAGCAGCGGACCUGGCAGCACUGAACCCAGACCUCAACUGCACGCAGCUCGUGCCCGGCCAACAGCUGUGCAUGGAUCAGGGCACACCGCUGCCGCUGUCCUGCACGAGCUACUACACGGUCAAUCCGGGGGAGACAUGCAACGACGUGAUGGUCAAGGCGCAACCGCCGCUCACAGCGCUGCAGCUCUACUCCUACAACCCCGGAAUCAUCUGCUCCGCUGACUCCUCCCAGCGCCUUGUCGGUCAGCAG